GCUGUUGUUCAAACGCUUCUAUCCACUGGCCUGUUGACUGUUGGAGGUCUAAACCCCGCAGGAAUGAUUCAUGCAUGACAGGAUGGAUGCAUGAACUUUCCCUUCAAAACAGUUUUCACCGCCAAUCUAGCAAUCGUUAGCAAGAUGCAGGAUGAUUUUCUUGCCAACGUGUAGCGAAAGGUAAAUGUUUCUACAUUGCUGUCCUGCAUUGCUUCGUGUUUGUGGCGUGUAUUGCUGCUUUGCCCCCGAUCAGACUAUAAAACUGCCUGCUCUCCUCACCUUGUCGGUCACAACGGCAAACAUUGCGGCUAGACGCAGCUCGUAGGCUUUCUCUCCUGAACAUUACAUUUUCUUCUGCGCGUAAUUGCAACAGCAGUCAUCGAAGUAAAGUUUCAGCCUGUCCGCUCAAGUCAAGAUGUCGGGUUUCGGGAGUCAAGGCUUCGGCGGAUCGCGUCCACAACAGCCACGAUCCCACCACUCACACCGCGGGCAGCGACAAUACUCGGGAUAUGAAGAACACCAGCAACCGGCGCAUUCCCAGCAUCAGCAGAUGCAAGCACAAGCACAAGCGCAAGAAGCCAGAGUGCGCAAGAUGAUGCAGGACCUGCGCGAAACGCUGGACCUUGCCGUGCGCAAAUGCGAGGUGGCCGACCAGCUGGAAAUGGAAGAGCACCAUCCUGGCAUCAAACUGGCCAGCAAGAAGGCGCAACCCAUCCUAGAGAAGAGGCGCAGAGACGGAGCCAAUAUUCUAGAUGCUCGCAUCGCAGCGGCAGAGACCAUGUCCUCCUUGAAUGACUAUGUCAUCAUCUGCCGAUCCAAGAAGGCCGGCCUGAAAUGCCCCGAGAUUGAGAAGGAAGUGGAAUCGCUGAGCCAGAACUACCUCGGCUAUCUGCAGCGGUAUCGGGAGAAAAUGGUGAAGCUGGGCUUCGACCGAGACUACAAACCAGCAGGGAUGGCCAAAAUGCACCGUGAGAUGGCCCAGAUCCUGGGCAUCCCGGGCGAGUAUGGUCAAGACGACAAGCCGUUUGACUUGGAAGAGUAUUAUGAAGCUAGCGGAGUGCCCGACAAACCUCUCGGGAAGGAAGUAGUCGGCCUGGUGACUGAAGUGUUCAAGAAUGUCUCGUACGUAAAAGGUAGGGAAGGGAUGUACGAACGGAAUCCGGACAUGCAAGCGCCGCCAAUGCAAGACCUUGGAAGUGAUGAGGUUGGUCCAGCACAAAAAGAGGCGUAUCAGAGGUAUGUAGCCGAAAUGGAGAAGCCGAUGAGGGAUGCGAUGCAGAAAGCAGCUGAAGUGGAGCUAUUCCUGGAAGACAAGCUACGAGGAGAGUACGGCAUCUCUGCUGAUGCAGUGGUCGAGCACUAUAUCCGCGAGAAGAACUUGAAUGUUCCAGGCACACACGGCCAAUUGAAUAGCACAACCAUUGCGCCCAAGGUGAAGGAGCUUGUCAGGUUGCAAAGACAAAUUGAGCGUCUCCAGCAAGCGCUGCAAGAGAAGAUGAUGGUUCAGCGCCUCCUGUACGAAGGAAAAAUGCCGGAGCAAUCUACGCGGCCCCUUGGCCAACCCCACAGGAGUGACAUAGUAGCGGCAGCAGCAGCACACGCUGGUCAUGACACUGAACCAAUGGAUAUUGCCGGGUCACUCAAGUCGAAAGUCACGCAAUUCUUUCCAAGCCUUUCCUUUAGGUAGAUGCACCAGUCUUUUUCCCCGUGUGUUUGUCCGCCCGCCUACCUGAUGACAUGGAUCAACUGCUAUAUCUCCAACUGAGCAUUCGCUGCUGACUGCGCCAGAUACAUAUACAUGUACAUAAUUCUCCCUUCUUCUGGCUCUCUCAUUGCUCUUCCUCCAUCUAUCUCCAGUGUGAAUUUGCCUGGCAAGUAGUUCAUAUUCAACUUACAUUUCGCUCAACGGACCCUUUCUUAGCUCACCGGUACAAGUUCCAAUGCACUUUUCUUCUUUCAUCUUUUGAAAGCCUUUCUAGUUCCCAGGCACAAUGCGGCGACAUACCAGCUAUAUGUGCAUGGUGGAAUGGGUAGCAUGCAGCGCAUUAACUUCUCAGUAUGCUCCAUCUUCGGGCAGUACUGUUUUUGUCCUUGGUGAAACUCAUCUGUACAGAGCACAGACAUGAUCUCUUCUUGUCGGUUCGAUGUUAUAAAUUUUUCAAUUCUCCUAUUUUUUUUCAGGCAUUACCUGGGAUUCGAACUCGCACUAUCGCCUUACAUGUAUUCCCCCAUACACUUCGCAUUCAUACUCAUUCUUCCAAGUUGCUUCACGUUAUGAUCUUGCGUUUGAAAACCCUAUUUGAAUAUUGCGGCCAGCUGUAUGUGGCCAGCUGUG